UCGCUAAUCGUGAUCGCAAGCAUUAAUUUUUGUCUCUACAGAAAAUAUUAUUUUAGAAUAUUCCUUCUGUAUGUUCACACGGGAAAAAUGAGCAAAUUAGACGUGGAUAAAAUAUGUCGCCUUUGUUGCGAGAAAAAAAGCCGUAUGCGGUCCCUGUUUGAGCAACAGAAAGAGUACCCACGCUCCUUGCGGCAGAUAAUCUUCGAUGUUUCACGACUAGAGGUCGAUUCCGAUGAUGGAAUGCCUCAAAAGAUUUGCAAAUGGUGUGUUACCACUCUGCUUAAAAUGUACGAAACAAUCGAGAUGUACCGCGCAAAUGAUCUGAAGCUUAGAAAUCAGUUACAAGGAACGCUGCAUAUCGAGAUUAAACAGGAAGAGGAAGAGGUGGACAUGGGAAUGCUGGAGAAGGCAUUUACGCAAGAAUUGGAAGUUGGUGCUUUUUGCGUUAAACCGGAAGCUAUGGAUGAGGAAUAUCUUGACUCGGAUCUGCCCAAAGUAAGUAAAUCUACUGACAAAAUGAGUGAAAGCGUUAGUACGAGGCCCGCUCUUGCUGAUACUGAGCACGAAGAAGAAACAGUCGCAGAUAAGGAUGACGGUGAGUGGAAGCCGACAGAACAGGAUAUUGAAGAUAAGGAGCCACCGGUAAAGAAAUAUCGUCGCAGAACAAAGCAAGAGAAGGAUGCAAAAGGUAAGCGAAAAAUGGGACGUCCACGCACGAAAGUUGACGAUCCAAAUCGCCCUCGAUUGCACGAUUACAAAUGUUACAUUUGCAAAAGCGAGUCACACGGAACGUCCGAAGCUUUGAUUGCUCAUCUGAAUAGUAGUCAUGAGGAUAAACUGCCUUACACUUGUCCGGAGUGUGUGAUGGAGACGGUUGUUAUUAAAACCGUUCAAAAACUGAACGCGCAUAUGCGGCAACAUUUAAAUCCGGAAAAAUGUCCAUAUUGUGACAAGCGGUACACUAACAAAAAUAAUGUUGCACUUCACGUGCAGAUGUACCACCUGGACGGCGAUGUUCAGUGCCCAUCGACGUGUGAAUACUGUGGGGAAGUUUAUCGUUCUAAGGUUUCACUUAUGCAUCACAUGAAGCUACAUACCACUGCGGCGAGCUGUGAGAUUUGUGGUAAAAUUUUCAAGGAACGGCACAAAUUACGCUUGCACAUCCAACGCCGGCACGAAAAAUUAAAAAAAUACGAGUGCCACAUUUGUCAGAAGAAACUUGGAUCAUUGGACAGUGUGCAAAUUCACAUAAAAACGAGUCAUUCGAACCAGGUGUUCAAAUGUAGUUACUGCUCGAAGACAUAUUCGUCGGAACUAACACACCGAUACCAUGAGAAGAAGCAUGUCGAAAAUCCUGAAUAUGUAGGCAAAAAGGAUUGGAAAGAGUACUACACCAUUGUCGAGGGAGAAGUAAAUAAGCCUGGUCUUAAAUUGAAGAAAUGCAAUCUCUGUGGGACAAUUUCCAAAGCAAUUGGAACCCAUCUAUCUACGGUACAUUUUCCGCCCGAGUUCCGUUGUACUAUCUGCGACAUGACUUUUAAAAAGAAGCAAAGGUAUGAAAUCCAUGUAUUGGAACAUGAAAAUGGCAAAGCGCAUCAAUGUCCGAUCUGUGGUCGUGAAUUUUCCGACAGAAGAAAUCUCAUUGCCCAUCUUCGGACGAAGCAACACCGAGAUCAUCCCUUGGCUAAGUCACUGGAUUGGCUAGGCAUUGAUGCUAUAAAGUCAAGGCCAAGGAAACCAAAGGCAGCAAAUUGCGAUGAAGCAGAGGAGCAGGAUCUUAUCGUAGAAGAUUAUGGAAUAGAUGAUUCUCUGUGAGCUGUAUCGAUUUACUUUCGUUCUAUUAACUUGAUAAGUUAUAUUAAGAUUCAUAAACAUUCUUUGUUUUAUUUUUUCAAUGAUAACGGGCACGUGUUUUAAAAUUUCAUUGGUGAGAAAAGACAUUGGAAAUAGACCGCUUCAGUUUUGACUCUUCCUUAUAGUACCGGCGGACGGGGCUUCUUUAAACGCUCGGGUGCAAGCGAACAUGUCCGUAUGAAAUAAAUAAACAAAAGGAUGUGGUGUACAUCCAAUAGGGAUACCUUUAUGAUGUGUUAUGGGAAGUAUAUGAACGAUCAAGAAUGAUUUAAGAAAAUAUUCGCCAUAUAACCAUCAAACCGCAUUCGGACAUGUAAACAGGGAGGUUUCUUUGGACAUGUGAUUCAUUUUCAUAUAUUUUGCCAAUUAAAUGGACAAAAUCAAUCAAUCGACAUCAUAAACUGCAUCGAAAAACAAACACCCCCUUAUUUUGCGAGUCACGUGACGCGCAGAAUAGGGGGGACUACCUGUACAAAACUCAUAGUCAGAUCAGUCAUAUUACUGGUUUGACAGGCUUUUCAAAAAUCACGAAUUUUUAAUAUGGUGGAGAUUUAAUAUGGAGAAACAUCAAUUAUCUUUUCUUUACCUGCCAUAAUGUCGCUAUAAACAAUUUUUACGUGCACCCGAAACAUGGAAUAUCCUGCCGAGAAACAUCGUUGGG